AUGUGGAGAUUUUGUGUUCAACAUGCCAUCCACCUUAUCAAAAGACUACCUACACCUUUAUUGAAAUUCAAAUGUCCCUAUGAGCUUCUACAGCAACAACCUCCCAUUUUAAUUCACUUAAAAGCUUUUGGUUGUUUAAGUUUUGCAUCUACAUUCCAGGCUCAUAGAUCUAAAUUUGAGCCUGGAGCUAGAAAGGCUAUUUCCCUUGGGUUUAAAGAGGGAACUAAAGGAUACAUCUUAUAUGACUUACAAAAUCACAACCUUUUUGUUUCCAUACAUGUGAUAUUCUAUGAAACACAUUUUCCCUUUAAAUCUCUCGUGUCACCCUUAACUAUAAAACUUGACCUCACUAAUUUUCCCAUAUAUGUUGAACCAGACGACUUAUCUCAACCUUCUAGUUCUACUGAAAUUUCUCUCCCUACUGAGCAUAUAUGUCCUCUUACCAAUUCUACUUUACAGCCUGGUAUUGAUGAUUCUCCUUCUAGUCCUACAUCCCCCUUCACCUUUUCCCUCUCAUACUAG